UGCCAAACGCACUUACCACUAGCACUACUGUGCUAGUGGUCAGUGCCACCAUUGUGGUACUACUUAGGAAGUAAUAACCCAUAACUUUAAGAAGAAUACAGAGGAUAAUUUUUGAGGUUAACAUUCAAAUGAUGCAACCUAUUGUAACGUCAAUAUUUGUGUGCCACAUUUAAAAAGUUUAAGUUAAAGAGAUAAUGGAACACGAAACAGGGAAUAUUCAAAACGGAGAUGUCGCACCUCCAAAAACUGCGAAGCAGUUAGAAAAAGAAGCCAAAAAGCAGGCAAAACUAGACAAAUUGAAGCAGAAAUUGGAAAAACAACAAAUCGCGGCUCCUAAAAAAGAUGUUGAGAAGAAAGAGAAAAAAAAGGAAGUAAAGGGAGCUGCUGUAUAUGAACAAGAUACCCCAGAAGGUGAAAAGAAAGUUGUGAGUUGUUCUUUACCAGACUCUUACAGCCCCAAAUAUGUGGAACAGGCUUGGUACUCUUGGUGGGAAAAACAGGGAUUUUUUAAACCGGAAUAUAAUAAGAAAUCAAUUUCAGAUGUUUCAAAAAAGUUUGUAAUAGUGAUUCCACCACCAAAUGUAACAGGAUCUUUGCAUUUGGGUCAUGCUCUAACUAAUGCUAUUCAAGAUGCAAUUGUUAGGUGGCGACGUAUGAGCGGUUAUAUGACAUUGUGGAACCCAGGAUGUGACCAUGCUGGUAUAGCGACCCAAGUAGUUGUAGAAAAGAAAUUAUGGCGUGAAGAAAAAAAAACUCGGCAUGACAUAGGACGGGAACAAUUUGUUAAAAAAGUGUGGCAGUGGAAGGAAGAAAAGGGUGUUCGCAUAUAUCAUCAGCUGAAAAUGAUGGGCUCCUCCUACGAUUGGGAUAGAGCUGCCUUUACCAUGGAUCCUAAAAUGUCUAGGGCUGUUAUGGAGGCAUUUAUCAGGUUACAUGAGAAUGGAACCAUUUAUAGAUCAAACCGUCUGGUUAAUUGGUCCUGCUCAUUGAAGUCGGCCAUAUCAGACAUUGAGGUUGAUAAAGUGGAACUGCCUGGAAGAACUUUGCUGUCGGUUCCCGGGUACAAUGAGAAAGUGGAGUUUGGGGUCUUGGUACAUUUUGCAUACCAAGUGGAGGGGUCCAAUGAAAAAUUAGUAGUGGCGACGACCCGCGUGGAAACAAUGCUUGGCGAUACUGCUGUCGCAGUUCACCCCAAAGACGAUCGGUAUAAACAUUUGCACGGAAAAUUUGUUAUUCAUCCGUUUUGCGACCGUAAACUUCCCAUAAUCGUGGAUGACUUUGUCGAACUCGAUUUUGGUACAGGCGUGGUAAAAAUAACCCCCGCCCACGAUCCCAAUGAUUAUGAAGUCGGUAAACGACACAACCUUGAUUUCAUCACCAUUUUCGAUGACGAAGGCAAUGUAGUCGGGAAUUGCUCAAAAUUCGUGGGAAUGAAGCGGUUUAAUGCCCGAAAGCAAAUUCUGGAGGACCUGAAACAGCUCGGGUUGUAUGUGGAAACCAAAGACAACCCUAUGGUAGUACCCAUUUGUAACAGAAGCAAAGAUAUUAUCGAACCAAUGCUCAAACCUCAGUGGUAUGUCGAUUGUUCGGAAAUGGCUCAGAAAGCAAGCAAAGCGGUGGAGGAUAAAGAACUGAGGAUCAUACCAGAACAGCAUGUGAAAACUUGGCACCAUUGGAUGGACGGCAUACGAGAUUGGUGUAUAUCGCGUCAGUUGUGGUGGGGCCACAGGAUUCCUGCUUAUUUUGUUAGUUUAAAAAGUACCGGUGCUCCAAUUUCGAACGUAGAAGAGGACAAUUGGGUUUCGGCGCAUUCCGAAUCUGAAGCCAUCGCCAAAGCGGGGAAGAAGUUCAACUUGAAAACUGAAGAAAUCAGUGUAAGACAAGACGACGAUGUGCUGGACACUUGGUUUUCGUCCGCCUUGUUCCCGUUUUCGAUUUUCGGCUGGCCCGAUCAAACCGAAGAGCUGAACGUCUUUUAUCCCACUUCCCUUCUCGAAACAGGCCACGAUAUUUUGUUCUUUUGGGUCGCCAGAAUGGUGUUCAUGGGGCAAAAGUUGCUUGGAAAAUUACCCUUCAAGGACAUAUAUCUGCAUCCGAUUGUUCGCGACGCGCACGGCCGCAAAAUGUCGAAAUCGCUGGGCAACGUGAUAGAUCCCAUGGAUGUGAUAUCUGGAAUUUCCCUGGAGAACCUCCACAAGCAGUUGGCCGACGGAAACCUGGACCCAAAAGAGAUAGAGAAAGCUACCGCGGGACAGAAACGCGACUAUCCCGAGGGAAUACCGGAAUGUGGCACCGACGCCCUCAGAUUCGCUCUGUGCGCCAUGUGUUCCGGUCGAGACAUCAAUCUGGACAUCUUGCGGAUCCAGGGAUACCGGUUUUUCUGCAACAAGAUUUGGAACGCCACAAAGUUCGCUCUUAGUUAUUUCUCAGAUAGUUUUGAAGGACCGCGCGGUCAGGAUCUUAUUGGCGACGAAAGCCCGAUGGAUCUAUGGAUGCUAAGCAGGGCCGGCUCGGCUGUUAAAGAGGUGAUAACCGGAUUCGAGAGUUACGACUUUGUUUCGGUCACCACCGCCGUGUACAACUUGUGGUUGUACGAUUUGUGUGAUGUUUAUUUGGAAUAUUUGAAACCAGUGUUCGCGGGCGACAACGAAAAAUCGAAAAACGCGUCCAUGGUGACCCUGUACCGCGCCCUGCACAUCGGUCUGCGGCUGCUGUCUCCCCUGAUGCCCUUCAUAACGGAGGAAUUAUACCAGAGGUUACCCAGACCCGCGGAAUUGGUGGCUAAAGUACCCAGUAUCUGUGUCGAAUCUUUUCCCGACAUCGAGGUACGAUUCAGGAACGAGAAGAUUGAAAAGGAGGUGGAUUUCGUUCAAAAAGUAGCGAGGGCGAUUAGAUCGACAAGGAGUGAUUAUAAUUUGCCGAAUAAAACGAAAACUGAAGCGUAUUUGCAUUCGAAUGAUGAUGCUACGAGGGAAAUGGUUUGGAAAUAUGCCGCGGCGCUUCAGACGCUCGCUUACUGCUCUAAAACGAGCGUAAACGAGCCGUCUCCCGACGGAUGCACGAUAAUUACCGUUUCCGAUAAGUGCGAGGUACAUUUGCUGCUGAAGGGUCUGAUCGAUCCAACCAAAGAGAUUUGCAAAGUUCAGAAGAAGCUUGAGUUUUUGGACGCGACUAGAAAGAAGCUCGAACAGGCAAUUAACGUGGCCGAUUACGCUAGCAAAGUGCCGACCGAAGUGCAGCAGGCGAACGACGAGAAGCUUAAGCAGACGAACAUUGAGCUCUCAAGAUUGGAAUCUGCGCUGCGCACACUGACGCUCAUGAAGUAGCUGACGCGCGAACUUAGUCAAAUGUUCUCGGCCCACUUAAAGAAAUUUUUACAAUUUUAAUUUAUUUACAUUGGCUUAGUUUUGUUACAUCUUGUAACAGUUAAGGCAAUAUAGCAGUUUAUUUCUUA